AUGAAUACCAUUCGCCCUAAAAGAAGCCUUUCAAAACUUCCAGCUGAGCUCAUCCUUAUGAUAGCCAAGAGUCUGGAUCCAGCUGAUCUUGCCUGCCUGUCAAGCACCAACCGUUGCUUCCAGGCCUUGCUUCACCCAACACCACCCAUCUCGCCGAGAGACCCUUUGCGCAUCGAUCUACUCACGCGACUAGCGUAUGAUCUGACAGAUCAUUACGUCUGCUUUGUCUGCUCUCGCUUACACAAAUUCGAAGGGGGCACAGUACCAGUACCGGUGUGCAGGUUGCCACGCUAUUCCAAAAUCAUGGCAAGUGCAACGGAGCUAUCGUGCCGACAGGCGAUGGAUCGAUUUUCUUCCCAAGCCAAGGUCGCCUACGAGUUCAACUUCAUCCAUCCACAACUCAUGAUCGCGAGGUUUCUGCCACUACCGGGUUUUGGAAUCCCUGUUCAGAAAUUCCUCGUCAAGACAGGCCCAUUUGCUUUGGAAGGCCGUGGUCUACGGUGGUGCGCACCUGCGCCAGAGACGGUCCGAGACCUAGAGGCCCGUCUCAUGGUAGCUAUGGAAUCAACUCAAGCGCAGGAUCGCCUCGCAUCCCUGGGUCAGAAUCCUCGCCUCCGGACCACUCAGUCCAAGAUCUUCCCCCAGGAGAACAUGCCAUUGAUCUUCCCAGUUGGGCAGUAUGGGGAAAUGUUCAUCACCGAGUCUUUCGAGCCCAACAAGCAAGUUUACGACAUCGACAUCGGCGCUGCUAAUCGAAUCGCAAGCGCUAUCCGUUGGGGUUUUGUUCUCAGCGUUACGUACACCAGAACGACGAAAGAAGGUCGUCCGGACAAGGUAGUAGAUGCUUGA